AUGAUCGCGCUAGUUCUUAGAGAUAUUCUCAAUACUGCACCGUCUGGACAGAGAGCCGGAGACAUGCGGUGCCUAGAAUUGCUGGACAGGGGUGAAGCAUUCCCGCAGUAUCAGAAUGGGUACGGAAAUCCUCAGGGAUUGGGGUAUAUUAGCUCGGUUCUGGAUUCAUGUACCCAGCUGGACGAGAUUGUUGGUCGUGGCCGGAACAUCUUACUUGUUGGGCAUUCGCUAGACUUAAGCUCAGUCGUCGCGGUCAGCUUGCGCAAAAUUGCGGCCGACAUCACUGAUAGCGAAACUGUGCUAUCUCGAAUGGAACGCAGUGUAGAUCUACUCGCAGAAAAUCCUGGGAACGGGGAAGUGAUAUAUGGAGUGACUACUGGAUUUGGAGGGAGUGCCGACACUCGUACCAACAACUAUGCCGCCCUCCAGCAGGCAUUGAUCCAGCACCACCAUUCCGCCGUGGUUCUGCCUGGAGACCGAGAGUCCGGAGCAGGCUCAACGCGCCUGCAAAGUUUGAAAUGUCAUGCAAUGCCCAUUCCCAUUGUGAAGGCGGCGAUGUUAAUUCGAUGCAAUUCCUUACUGCGAGCAUAUUCGGCCGUUCGCAUUCAGGUUGUUCGGAAUAUUCUUGCCCUCCUCGCUCACGAUAUGACACCAGUUGUACCGCUGAGAGGAAGCAUUUCCGCUUGCGGGGAUCUCACACCUUUGGCCUACAUCUGUGGGGUGAUAGAAGGGAAUCCUGAUAUAGCAAUGAAUUGCGGGGAGGGCCAGAACCAUCGAAUCAUCCCCGCCAGCCAGGCUCUCCAAGAAUCAAUUCGCUUCCGGAUACCCAAGGAAUCAAUGACCCGAGCGUUGUGGGGAUUCGAGGUGCACGGAAGUAGUUUGAUCGUGCAGCAAAGAUAUAAACAACUAUGA